CUUCGAAGUUCGAAGAAGUGGUUUAAUUGUUACACCCUACCCCUAUACCUCCACUCAUCUAUGCAAAUAUUGUGUUAGAGGGCGAGAUGAGUUUUAAUUUUAGAAUUAUAAGAUGCGGUCGACAGAUGACAAGCUGGGCGGCCGGAACUCGCCGUAGCCUAACACCUUUGUACCGCUUGCAAGCCAGAGCACUGGUAACGACUUCUGAGAAGCCUCUUGUAUCAAGUUCAAGUGGCCACCUCAAGUUCUCAUACCCCAAUGCCGUUAGCAACUUGAAACGGUCCUCCCUACCGAAUAUAUGGCUACGGGACAAUUGCCGAUGCGCUAGCUGUGUUCACCAGGAUACUAUGCAGAGGAAUUUCAAUACAUUCGACAUACCGGAAGAUAUCGAGCCCUCUCAAAUUAAAGCAGACCACGACGGAGUCAAGAUAAAGUGGUCAGGAGAUGCGCACGAAAGUUUCUAUCCAUGGGACUUCCUUGAAUUCUACCUGAACUCCGAUAAAAGAGCACCGGAGCCUAUUGAAUUAGAGUAUUUCGGAGCACAAGGACCGCAGGGCUCACGAAGCUGGCCCCCAUCUUUGAAAUACGGGGAUUUCUCGGCAAACGAAACUGAGGCCGUCGGCCGUUUGACGGGUUUUAUUAGACGCAAUGGUUUUUCAUUUGUUACCGGAGUGCCAGUUGACUCAGCAGAACCAACUGAAAAGCUCCUGGAGAAGAUUGCCUUUAUAAGGCAGACGCACUACGGUGGCUUUUACGACUUCAUUCCGGACCUUGCCCUUGCCGACACUGCUUACACCAAUAUAGCACUAGGAGCUCAUACUGACACGACUUACUUUACUGAUCCCGCUGGGUUGCAAGCGUUCCAUCUCCUAUCCCACACCGGCCCUAGCAACGAAGCCAAUCCAGGAGAAAAUCUCGGAGGCCAAUCUCUACUUGUCGAUGGAUUCCAUGUUGCGGAUAUUCUCAAGAAAGAGGACCCAAAGUCAUUUGAGGUGCUGAGCAAGGUCAAGCUUCCGUGGCAUGCUAGCGGCAAUAAGGGGAUCACCAUAGCACCUGACAAACUGUAUCCUGUUCUCGAAGUAGACGAGAGCACUGGCAAGAUACAUCGAGUCAGAUGGAACAACGACGAUCGUGGAGUCGUCCCCUUCGACAGUGACCACUCUCCAGCUGAGUGGUAUAGGGCCGCAAGGAAGUGGCACGACAUCUUGACAAGAGAGUCUAUUGAGUAUUGGUUUCAGCUUAAGCCAGGCAAUCUUCUAAUCUUCGAUAACUGGAGGGUUUUACAUGGUAGAAGCGCCUUUACUGGAGUGCGAAGGAUAUGCGGUGGAUAUAUUAACCGGGAUGAUUUUAUCUCGAGAUGGAGAAACACUAAUUACCCACGGGACGAGAUCCUAAAGCGAAUUAUAGGCUAACUUUUAUCCCUGGCGCUACCGGCCAUACUCGGCAUAACAUGCUCGGGUAGAAAUAUCCCUUGGCUGGUCAGGUUCAGACCUAGGAUUUUUGGAGGCUAAGAGACGACACAAGUAACACCGGUGUACUUACGCAGAGCUAGGUAUUUUAUUUGCCAUAUUUGGCAAUCCGUUAACUUGACUCAACUUGUUCUUACGUUAUAGUUGCAUAUCAACGUCGUUAUUCCUUAGCUUCUCCAACAUGCCCGGCGGGUAUCAAGUGACCCCCCUCAUUGCCCCAU